AUGACGACCUUCAUUCCCAGCUUAACGCUACCGGCAGCCAUAUUUGCCAAUCCAACUGCAUCGAUCCUCCUCCCCGUUGCUCUUGGAACUGCUGUUGGUUUCUCUGUUCGACCCAAAGAAACCCAAAAGACCUACAUGGCACUCAAGCAACCUCCAUUUCGUCCACCCCCAUAUGUCUUCGGGCCCGCGUGGACCCUCCUCUACGGUCUCAUGGGAUACUCUGCCUACCGCGCAUAUUCUACCGGAAUGUCCCCUCUCGCAUCUACCGAAAAACAUCUCCUUACCAAACAAGGCGCUACUCUAUACACCAUCCAACUCGGCCUCAACCUAAUCUGGAUGCCCCUCUUCUUCACUCUCAAAAAGCCCAUCCUCGCCACCCUCGACAUCAUCGCCCUCACCAGCGUCGUCUCCUACCUAACAUACACCUGGGGAAAAGUCGACUCCGUUUCUGCCUGGACACUCGCACCUUAUCUCGGCUGGCUGGGAUUCGCCACCUAUUUAAGCGCCGGCGUCGGUUACCUCAACGACUGGGACUUUAGCGAUAAGGAAGUUAAGAAGAGUCCCAAGGACAAGGGCAAGGGAACUAAGUAUGUGGAUGAGAAGGAGGAGUAG